CAACGGAGCUGAUCUUGUAGCUGACCGCUGUGUAGCUCGAAGAUAUGAAUGUGGGAAUCAAGACGCCUGGUUUCCGGUAGAAUUUAUUUGGUCGGUAUUGGGACUACACCAAUAACGAGACCGCUACCGUCCGUACACGAUAAGAAUGGUUUUGGUCUCUUGGCCUUCAAUUGGCCAUCGAUCACCGAUCACCAGUUGCCGUUUAUCGAUCGGCGGCCGAAUUCUCAAAUCGAUGGACCGGUAGCAGCGGGGUCACAAUUCUCACUGAACCGAUGGCCAUUACGGCAAAUCGACCGUACGGCCGAUGGCACAACACUAAUCGAAGGCGUCAGUCUCGCGGCUUAGCGGAAGCCAGAUGGAACUUUCUAAUCUCCCCUCCCAGGAUUAACCUCCUGUCGCCUUACAGCUCCGUGAGAUACCGGGACACAUGUGUGGUUCUCGCGUUUGGGAGGCUUACUUCUUUACUCAUCAAUAAUUAACACGGCAACGGAUAAGGCCACGGGAUCAGCGGUAGCGUGUGUUGGUAUCAUCCGCCAAUCACUCCGCUAGCGCGGGAUUGGCUAGCGAUCGCCUAGAUAAACCACGAUUCGGGAAAACCUCAUCGACGACCGACCGGUUUGGUGCUCGGUCACGACAUCUUUAACACACAUACAAAAACAUGUUUGUUAUCUUGCGUUGUGUUAGAUGCUCGAUGCUGUCCGUUAUCGACUCUAAUACUACCACCGGUGGCCCGAGGAUGGCUGUCAGGGCCACCGUUACGCAGGUGAAUAGUUUCGCGAGGCCGUAGUACGGUCUCGUAUCUACUGUUUCUUUAUCUAAUCCAUCGCAUGGCGAGAGCGGAAGGGAGGAAUGUCAUUCUCGAAAUCAUUGGAUAUAGGCGUGAGUCCCGUGGUAUCCUUCGGGGCCCUGCGUUAAGGGCUGCCAGCUGCGCGUGAACACGCGGCUCUCCCCCGCCUUUUAUCAGGGCUUUAUUAUCGCUGAUAAGGCGCCGACGAGACGAUUGGGACCGUGCCACUCUCCCAAAAAAAAACCCAUCCUCUCAUGAGGCCCGUCGCGGUUGAAUGAAAUAGUCUAACGAGCGCACCAAACUCCACAUUUCACACCACCACACUGAUAGGGCAUCGGAAGAAGCAUCGACACUGGCGCUUGGUUUCGCACGGAACCCAACCGCCGUCAGUCAGGAGAAGUCAGCAACCAGACAGCACCCGCUCUUACAGCCUUUUGCGGUCGCGUCGUUUGAGAAUGUAAUUGGCUAACCCGGAACCCCUUUCCCAACUGCUGCCGCGGUGUGCUGGAACUGCUGGAGACUUAGGCGGCUAUGUAGCCAAGGUGGCAUUCUCUCGAGCACGAGUAGAACGACGAACUCCGCCUCGUGUAAAGUUACGUAGAAAGUUGCCAGCGAGUGAUAUUGUCGUGCUCGUGAAGAAGCAGCAUACCGUUUUGGCCGACCGGACGGGGAUGACGCGGACACCGUUGUUGUUCAGUGAGAUGAACGACGAGGAUGCACGGUAUGUGCGGAUCAAGGUGCUAUCGGCGAGCUCGCUCGCGAAAAAAGAUAUCUUCGGCUACAGCGAUCCGUACGUGAAGAUCGAGCAGAACACGAUCAUCGGUGAUGUGAACAUAGAUCAGAUGGUGACGAAAACAAAGCGAAGGACUCUGAAUCCGGUAUGGAACGAGGAGUUUGUGUUUCACGUUAAACCGAACGAACACAAGCUUGUGCUGCAGGUGUUCGAUGAAAACCGUCUUACGCGCGAUGGUUUCAUGGGGAUGGUCGAGCUAACGCUCAUCAAUUUGCCACGGGAACAGGACGGGCGUACGAUCGCACCCAAGACGUAUCCAUUGCGAGCAAAGCGACAAUCGAGUUUGCGCGGUGCCAAGGUACGCGGUUCGCUGCUCAUCUACCAUGCGAUCAUGCGCGACAAUGAUCCGGCCGCGGGACGUACAUCGUCCGGCGGUGCGGCUGGUGCUACUACGGCAGCGGCAGCCACCACCACCGAAAGGGCCUGGUCGCAUGAUCUGCGUUUCAACGCUUCGCCUGACUCACCCUCCUUAUCAACGUCAGCAGCACACAGAAGCGGGGUGGCAGCGGGUGGAGCAGCCAGCCAAAUGAGCAAUCAUCUCUAUCCGGUGCAGCAGUAUCACCAUCAUGAACGACAGCAGCAACCGGAACCAUUGCCACCAGGCUGGGAGGUGCGGCAGGAUCCGGUCGGUAGGACUUACUACGUCAAUCACAUCGCCCGCACGACCCAGUGGGAACGACCGAGUGUCCUACCGGCCCAGCCAGGUUUGAAUGAGAUGGUGGCCGCCUUUCAGCGGCGGUUUCACAUCAGCAACGAUCCGGACAAUGGCAACAAUACUGCGAGCCUGGCGGACAAUGUUAGUAUUGCUUCGGAAGUGGGUAGUAGCAGUGGAGCGGCUACCGCCGCCACCACAGCUGCUUCUAUGUCUCCCAUGGCUUCGCUCGGUGCCGAUCGAUCGCUCAACAGUUCAAUGAUAAGCCUGUCCGGAGCAGCCUCGAGCACUAUGAAUAUGGGUGCACGUAGCGUUGAAGGUACCGGUGGCUGCCAGCUAUCCCCUUCACCGUCAAACGUAUCGAUCACUAGUACCGGCGGUAGCACCAGCAGACCGAUACGACCAGCGCCACCUCCACCACCACCAGGAACAUCGGCCAUUUCGGCACGUUCUAGUCCUACCGGUACACCGGUACCCAGCCAGAGGCGCCGCGCGUCACAGCCCGAAGGGACGGCACCGGUGGUGAAUGGAAGUGAAGCCAAUCCUUCUUCUUCCCAUGCCGUUAUCAGUGAAUCCAAUUCGGAGGGUACGGUGUCCGCUCGUAGCAGUCCCGGUCCGGCGACAGCUAAUGGUAGUGAUCAUGCUGCUGAUGCUGCUACCGCUACUGCUGCUUCCGGUUACGAGAGCGCCACAGAGGCAAAUGAAGGUGCAACGUCUUCCUCCGCUAGUGGCCAAACGGUGUCGAGCCCACAAUCCUCUGCGAUGACAACGCCAAAUCAAGUCCGCUCGGAUUCCACGGUUAUCUUAGGUGGUGGCAUUGCUUCACCGACUGCCGCCGUACCGGCGACUCCCAGUGCGGCCGGGCUGCCAAAUGGUUGGGCCGUCCAAGUGGCGGCCAACGGUCGACUCUUCUACAUCGAUCACAUCAACAAAACCACGUCCUGGGUCGACCCCCGUACCGGUUUCGCUAGUCCCAUCCCCAAUGCAGCCGGUUCCGGUGCCAGUGGGGGCACCGGUGCUGCCAAUGGUGGUGCCACCGGAAGCAAUGGACAGGAUCCACGAUCAUCGGACGAUAACCUCGGUCCACUGCCGGAAGGCUGGGAGGAGCGAGUACACAGCGAUGGUCGCACCUUCUUCAUCGAUCACAACACACGCAUCACCCAGUGGGAUGAUCCGCGGCUUUCGAACCCCAAAAUCGCUGGCCAAGCCGUACCGUACUCGCGCGAUUACAAGCAGAAGUACGAGUACUUUAAGAACCAGCUGCAGAAACCGAGCAAUGUACCGAACAAGAUCGACAUCAAGGUGAGGCGGGCUUCGAUCCUCGAGGAUUCCUAUCGAGUGAUCAACUCGGUCACCCGGAUCGAUCUGCUGAAAACGAAGCUGUGGGUUGAGUUCGAGGGCGAAACGGGCCUCGACUAUGGUGGGUUGGCCCGCGAAUGGUUCUAUCUGCUAUCGAAGGAGAUGUUCAAUCCGUACUACGGGCUGUUCGAGUAUUCCGCCAUGGACAACUACACGCUACAGAUCAAUCCGAACAGUGGGCUGUGUAACGAGGAGCAUCUCAAUUACUUCCGAUUCAUCGGAAGAAUCGCUGGAAUGGCCAUCUACCAUGGGAAGCUUCUGGAUGCUUUCUUUAUCCGACCGUUCUACAAGAUGAUGCUGCAGAAACCGAUCGAUCUGAAGGACAUGGAAGCGGUCGAUACGGAGUACUACAACUCGCUGCUCUACAUCAAGGAGAACGAUCCGAGCGAACUCGAUCUGACGUUCAGCGUGGACGAGGAGAGCUUCGGUACGAUGAGCCAACGGGAGCUGAAACCGGGUGGUGCCGAGCUGGAUGUGUCGAACGACAACAAGGACGAGUAUAUACGGCUCGUGAUCGACUGGAGGUUUGAAGCCCGGGUCAAGGAUCAGAUGCAAGCGUUCCUGGAGGGCGUCAAUUCGCUCGUACCGCUGACGCUGCUCAAGAUCUUCGAUGAGAACGAGCUCGAGCUUCUGAUGUGCGGUAUCCAGAGCAUUGACGUUAACGAUUGGAAGAAGAACACGAUGUACAAGGGUGAUUACUAUGCGAACCAUGCGGUAGUGCUGUGGUUCUGGCGUGCCGUUUUGUCGUUUAACAACGAGAUGCGUGCCCGCUUGCUACAGUUCGUGACCGGCACUUCCCGGGUACCGAUGAAUGGGUUCAAGGAGCUGUACGGUUCGAACGGGCCGCAGCUCUUUACGAUUGAAAAGUGGGGCACGGUCAACAAUUUCCCUCGUGCACACACAUGCUUUAAUCGAUUAGAUCUGCCCCCAUAUGAGAGCUACGCCCAGCUGAAAGAGCGGCUAAUAAGUGCAAUCGAAGGUAGCCAAGGAUUUGCGGGAGUGGACUAACCGGCGUCCGUGUCCUCGGUACGUUGGAAAGAAGCGACUCGGCCCAGCAACCCCCUGUCCCAAACAUUCCGCCCGGUAGUAGCAAUUGGGCUUCGUUGAACAAUUGAUUCAUUUCGGCAACUCCCAGGACCCGGGGGGAAGCUGGCUGUGUUAUGUGCUGCUCGUUGAAAAAUCGUUAUAUGGAAUUGUUGCCUUCUCGGUCGUUGUUUCGCGUAGCAUGAAGGAGAUGGAUGAUGCACUAUGAAGUUGUUAUGUUUGGUGAGACAGGAGCAGUCAUUGGAAUGCUUUGCAACCAUACCAUCCUGCCAUUGCUUUAUAGGUGACACUGCAACAAAAAGAGAGUGGGUCAAAGCCAUUACCCAACGGUAUGGCAAAAGUUGAAGGAAACAUAUAUUCGAUUUGAUUCAAACGAACGGUUGGUCGUGGUUAAGGGAGAAGCGCACACGAGAGAGAGAGGUACGAAUGGAAAAAAUGAGGGAAAACAUCCGUUUGCACUGAUAUUGUACGUAUUAUUGGACAACGUGUACUUUAGUGCCUUCUGGGGGCGUUCACGAUGAUUUCCAUCCAUGCUUUCGUGUAAAUUUUUGCGUUCUUUUUGCAACUUUUGCUCAAUUUGCAUCCACAUCUUUACGUACUACGUUUCAUUGUCCACAUCACACCAAAAACAAAAAAAGGGAGAAUUCAAUGCUACACGAGGCAUACGGGAUUGCGGAGGAUAGAUAGCUAUAUAUAUACUUGUAUAUUCGUUUAUAGUUUACCCACCUAAGCAUAUAAAACCUGAGGGUAAUUUGUAGAGUCCGCUUGCUAUGCUAUCAGUGUCAUUUCGGCAACGCCCUAGCAGGCCUUGGAACAGUUUGAAACUAUUUUUCUACUAAGUAUAAAACAGGUUCGUGAUACAAUCUACGCGCGAUAUCUGUGCUAUUAGGUGCGGCAUUUCCUUUGCGUAAAAAUUGUGUACGGGAGAGAGAAAGAGAGAGUGUGGAACGAAGGAGAUUAUUUACCGGCGUAGUGCAGACCUUAGGUAUUCGUUAGCUUCUGCUACAGAUCAGUUAGCUACAGAUCGAUUUAAAGUUGGGUAGGGCCCGGGGAUGAAGGAAAGUGACGAUGAGUCCGGUAAAGCGCGUCGAGACCUCCACCAACUGGGGAUGGGAACGAUGGUUUAACGAACGCACAAUACACGAGGAACGGAAUAUAAAAAAAAAACGUUGGAAAAGUGA